AUGCGGACCAGGAGCCGGUGGCCACGGAGCCUGUGGCACACCUCCUCCAGGUUUUGCCACGACCGGGACUCGGAUGUCCAGCGCUGCUUUGCGGCUUUUCGCGUGCUGCCGGUGCUUGGCUUCAAAGUCAUCCUCGCCAGCUCGGCGGGCAGCAUCUGCUUCAUGCUUCAACAGUUCGCCAUGGAUCCCUUUGGCUUGCGGGCACCGGAGGUGGCGAUGCUCAUGGCCUAUGUCGGCCUACUCCAGAUCGCCUCCCAGUCGCUCGUCCCGGCCUCCGCCGCCCCCUGGGAGCUCUACGUCACGUCCGCAGUAACCGUCGGAGGGAGCCUGCUGGGUUUGGGCCUGAUGCCGCCAUCCAAACAUGGGCUGGUGCUGUGGCUCGCGCCGCUGAUCCUGAGCUUCAACUCUGCCAAUACAGCCCUGGGCUCCCUGCUCACUUUCUACGUGCCGCAGUCUGAGCUGGGCACAGUCACCGGCCUCAGUGUGGCAACGAUGCCCCUGAGCAGCAUCCUGGCCGUGCAGGCCGCCGGGCACAUCUUCAAGCGCCACGGCUUCGCCGCGGUGCCGCUCUCUUCUGCGGGCUUCCUGGCUGCCGCAUCCGCGCUGGUGCUGGCGUGUGGAUGGCUGCCGCCCGAGGGGCCCCAAGAGGAGCAGGAGGAGGCCACCGUGCGCGAGGCAACGUAG